CCUAUCCCCUAUUCUCGACUAAUAUCUUCUUCCUAAUCAUCCUUUCACGAUCAUUUCAAUCAAUCAAUUCCUCCGACAAUCUCAAAUCCGACAAAGUCUUGAAAGGUUCAUCCGAAUCUAUAAGGCUCAAAACGUGCUGGAGAAUUGCUUGUGAAUACCUUUUCCGCUUUUUUGGUUGCUCUUGCUUUUGUUGCAUAUCAUCCAUAUCCAUAACGACAAACAAAGGACUGAUGCAUUUUCACAAAAGAAGGUAAAGCUUUCAAUCCCCUCCACCCCAUCUUGAAAGAUGGCGUCUAGCGUCCGGGCCAAAGCGGCCAUGUUUGCCAACUUGGGCAACAACGGAAGCGGGAAUAGCGCAAGUAAUUUAGGAGGAGGUCAAAGUGUAUACAAUAAAUAUGCUUAUCCUUCCGGUAGUUCAUCUUCAUCUUCAGCCACAAUUUUGGGUAAUAGUGCAAUCGUAAACACUUCUUCAUCAUCUGCAAUUCAACUGCCUCCAACCUCUUCCGCUUCGACAUCCGAUCCUUCCAUCUCUCAUCCGAUCAAUGCUCCUUUCUAUCCAAAAGUUUCGGCUGGCUCAUCGAAUACUCCAACUCGAAAGCCAGUCGGCACAAUGACGAAACAAGAGGAACCUCCUUCGCCUUACACUGCAGCAAGACUAAGGGCGAACUCCGCAAAUGCAAAGAAUCAAGCAUCCAAAUCUGUACCAUCGCAAGGAGGGCCAUCCGAGCAGCCUUCGCUACUUUCAUCGAGAAGGAAGCAGGUAGAUCGAUUAGAUGUUACUGAUCAAAAGCCAACCAAGGCCGAUGCCGGCAAGCUUAGCACGACAAAUGGCGACACAACAGCAUCCGCUUCUCCUCCUUUACUACCCAUCAAGCCUUAUCCACCAAAAUUGUCAGCCGGCGCUCCGCAAACACCUUUUGCACUGAAUUUUCCAUCUUCCGCCAAAAGUGAAACUCCUUCGGCAAUUGAGAAAGAUUACAGUCAUGGCACAUUUGCACGUCAACAAUCUCGCAUUCCGCGCUUAUCACAAAAUAGAUCUCUCGGUGAAAGAAGUUUAGGUGCUUCAUCGAAAAAGAUGGAAGAUGGUCAGGAUUCUACUCUUACAAAAGAUUUGUCCAGAGAGUCUGUCUAUAGCACAACAUCCAGCUUAGGUGUUUCAGCAAAUGUGGUGGUUGCGACUGCGAAUGCUGUCAGCAUACAAAGGAUGGCCAAUCCGGCAAGAACGAUAGCAAGUAAUGCUACAGCAGCACAGUCAAGACCUACAAAAGCCGCACAAGGACCUAGUGUGGAUAAAGGAAUAGGUGUGAAAACUAGAAGGAAGAGUCGUGAAUCUACAAGUAGCGAAAAGAGACGACCAAGAAGCAAUCGUAACAGCAGUGCUCCAUCCGAGAAAGCUGCUAAUGUGAGCAUGACGUCCAAUUCAGAUCAGGGGCAGAAUGACAAAAAGAUAGGGGUCAGCAGUGUUAAUAAUGACGAUUCGAAAUCGAACGAGAAACCGACAAAGCGAUCGCUUACGGCUACGCCUCGCUUCCCUACGGCCAUGCAAGAAGGCUUGGGAGCAAAUCAUAAAAGUCAUAAUGAAGAAAGGUCUGGCUCGACUUCAACAAAGAAUAAUAUGGAUCGACUCACGCCUUUGGAUAUCCCUCGUGCCAAUCGCACAAUCUCAGGCCAGAGCAAUCAAUCGAUAAGCUCAGUGUCUUCAGCAAUCUCUGAUUCCAAUCUGGAUGGAAUGAGCGGAAAAUACAGUUUAUCACCUAGUGGAAUAAGUGCAACUUCCCUUUUAGCAAACGAAAGUUUGGAUCCUCUAAGUGAAACGUGGGGCCGAAAUUCGAAUUUAUCAGGUCAAUCAACUGAUUUAGAGGAAAGACUCCUGUCGAUUACCGGUAUGAGGUUUCCUCAUGAUGAAACGAAAUCGGUCACGACAACAGAAAAAGAUUUCAAACUCACGAUUGAUGCGCCCAGUGAAAAUGGCGGCGCCGAAAGAGGUAAACUUGGCGCAACGAAAACACUCGAAAUGAAAAAGAUUCUGUCAAAGAUGGGAGACAGAGUAGCAUCUGCACGAUCUGGAUCUUCUCCUGGAAUAUCUACCUAUGAUCUUGCUAAUGGAAUUCCUUUGCAAAGGGCUACUCAAAGUACUUCACCCUUGACACCAAAUUCGCAAACUGGAAGCGCCUUCAAGAUGGCAACGCCAAUUACAAAGGAUGCAUUGCUAAUGGAGUUGCUGGCAUCCAUGUCAUUGGUGGAUGCGCAAUCUUUCAAAGCUUUGGGUUCUUUGGAAGAUGUUGAAAUACUGAAGAGAAAUCUCACUCGUGUCGAACGUGAUAUUGGUGAUGUUCAAUUGAAGCUCAAAGUACAUAUUCGAGUACGUGAUGCUGCAAACAAGGUUCGCAAAGCCUCGGCUAGACCAAGAAACGGCAGCGGAAGUCAUGCUCAUUCGGCAAGCAUCAGCAGUGCAGUCAAUACUCCUAUCACACCGUCCUUUUCUUCAACAACAAUGAAGGAUAGUUUCGGUAAUCAUUCUAGAAGGAUAUCCUCUAGCAGUACAAGUGCCGGUGUAACACCUAGCGAUGUCCAACAAUCCGAAGCAGAUGCUGCUGCUGCAACGAAAAAAGUCGAUCAUAUCUCUCGAAAAUUGUUAGAAUUACAUGCGGAAGCGGCAAAGUUGAGAAGACAAUUACUCGAACAUCAUGCCAAAAUUCUUGCGACUCGAAUCGAAACGCUUGAAUCUUCUUUACAACAGCAUGAUCAACUUCGUCAGCAGGAAGACGACAAAGAGGAAGAGUCUAAAGUGGGUGCACUUCUUGCUGCUGAUGAAUUGGACCGUCUACGUGAUAAGCAUGCCAGGGUUGAGCAGGCUUUGAAGCAUGAACAAGAAGAUCGUCAAAAAGAGAUUGAAAGAUGGCGUAAGAAGUAUGACGAAGAUACUCAACUGCUCAAAAAUCAACAUAAAACUCUUCAAGACGAUCAUUCGCGGAAUAUCAAACAGCUACAAGAUCAACAUUCAAAACACUCGACAACGGCAAACAAGACGCAGCAGAGCUUGGAAGAACGGAUUCAUUCACAAGACAAAGAGCUAGAAGAGCGUCAAAAAAAGUAUGAAGAACUUCAAAGGCAGAUGGAACAAUUGGACUUCGAGACAACUGCAGAAAGAAACAUCAUGAAUCAACGUCAACAGCUAUUCAGUGCAUUCGAACAACGUUUAGAACGUGCUGAGAAACGUUUGCGUGAACAAGAUGAUCGAUGUGCACGGAUGCUUGGAAAAGCGGAAGGCCGAGAAGAGAUGGAUGAUCUCUUGAAUCAGAUCAAAUACGGAACUUCUGGAGCACCAAAGAAAGAAAAGACUGCCGGUCAAGAUAUUGAUGGCUUGAUCGAUAGUCUCACCACACAUAUCAAUGAUAUGGAAGAUGAAUUGGAAAGAGCAACGAUGAACGGAUUACGUGGUGAUGCCGGCGAAAGUGAUGGUGAAGGACAACAACGAUCAGCGCCAAGAGGAAUGUCUUCUUAUGAUAGCGAUUAUGCAGAUACGAUUGAAAAGCUCAACGGAGAAUUGCACGGUGCUCAACGUGAAGCUGAAGAAUGGCGUAUUCAAGCAGAAAGUGCAAAGAGACGGUUGGCAAACAUUCAACGUCAAAGUGCGAUCAGUAUGACGUCCACCACGAAUGGAAGGCUCAGUGUUACCGGUUGGAAUGCUGGUCAAUCAUCGUACGGAAGUGGAUUCGCUGGAAGAAGACCUUCUAAUGGAACAUCAACUUUGAUGCGAUUAAGUGGACCUUCGAGAUCCGCAGCUGAACUUGAGGCACGCAUCACAUUGUUAGAAAGAAGGAAUGCCGCUCUGGAGGCUGAGCUAUCUCAUGCACGCGAGGAAGGUACAUCUAUCGAUACAACACCAGAAUCUCUGGGAAAAGAGAAUUCCUCGUUCACCAAAGUUGCUGGAAAUGCAGAUUCCGCAUACAAUAGCAUGAAAUUGCGAAGUCCUAAAUCAUCAAGUGGCUCUACCGAUUUGUUCACGAAGACGGUUGGUACUUUGCUAGAAUUGCUACCAGCAUUGGAUCAAGGUACAACCGACCUGCACGAAAUUCAGGAGGAACUAGAGUCCAUGCCGCGUAAUGAAGGUAUUGACACGAAACCUUCAAAUGCCAAAGAGAUUUGUCGAAUCGUUGUCGAUCGUACGAGAGCUGCAUUGUCUGUUAGUCGCAGCUUGGUCGGCAAAUUGUUGGCAUUGGAGAUGGAGAAACGAGAUAUGGAAGAAGAAUUGGAAGCCGUGCACGGCGAACAUGAAGAAAUGAAGGUAGCAAUGGAAGAUAUGCGAAACGGACAUGCAAGUCAAAUGCAAAUCAUUGAAGCAAGUAAGACGAGAGAACAACAAUUGCAAACUGCAUUGAGUGGAUUGGAAGUCGAAUUGGAAGAAACACGAAAACAGAUGCGUCAACAGCUUGCAUCUGCUCAAACAAGUCUCACACCCACUUCAGCUACAAUGCAAACCAGUCCUUCUCUUGCUUCGAUGAUCAACAGUCAAGCUAGCCACAUCGUACCAUUACAGCAAAGACGUAACAUCAUGCCUGUGCACAAGGGUUCAACUAUGCUCGUUGCUCCUUCCAAUGCAAGCUCAAACGGACAAUCGCCAUCUUCAAUGAGAGGAACGACGGCACUGCCUGUUAAUCCACCUUUGGUAUCGCCUUCUUCAAGUAAAUUUUCACUUUCAUCUACACUUCAAACCACAUCCACACCCGCACCAUCUCAUCCUGCUUGGUCGCCUUCCGUUGCUGGCAAUGGAACAGCGAUGAAUUUGAGCGAAAUAACACCUUCAAAGCCAUCCUCGAUUCCCAAGCGAACGAGAACGGAUACGAUGGCAUCAGGCGCAACACCACGAACGAUGAUGCUGGGAAUGGGAACGAGCGAGAUGAUGGAAAGAAUACGAUCGUUAGAAGCUGAUUUAGCCUAUGCAAAAAUUCAUUCAAAUCGUUCAAAAGCCGAAGAAGUUGAACGUGGUGAAAUGGAUGAACGUUUGAUCGCUCUGCAGAACGAAUUAGAAUCAAAUCGAAUGGAAAUGGAAGAAAUUCGAAACGUUGAAAGUCGUCAAAGGAUCGAUUUAAUGGAAGAAUUGACAAAUUUAACAACUGAAUUAAGUGAUGCUCGUGCUCAAUUACGUCAACGAAAUGAUCCGAUCAGAAGGCGGUAGAAGGGGUGGCCUACCUACUAUAACUUGUACUAUAAACUUACUUUAUGCAUUAUCAGAUACCUUUUUUUGCUUGUACUAUUUUGCUAUUUAUAUUAUCAUAUUUCAUUAAUCAAUGAAUGCAUC